CUUCUUCCUCUAUAAAUGACUCACUGGUCACUUUUCUUUAACUCCCCUAUUCUCUUGAUUUUUCUUCUCCUCUUUUCUUGCUUGAGAGGGAAAAAAGAUAAACAUAAAAUGGAAGAGUUGGGUUCUCUAUGGAGCUAUGAGAGUGUUGAUGAAUUGAGGCAGAAGCUAUUAUGCACAACAAUUGAGCUAGAGGCAUUCAAAGGAGAAGCAAAUGAAGAAAUUAGAAAACACAAGGAAGAUAAGAAACAUUUAAUUGAUCUUCUGAAAAUGGCAUAUAAAGAAAGAGAUGAAGCAAAAGACCAGUUACAGAAGCUUAUUAACAAGCUACUGCCUUCAAAUUCUACUGAUAUAAAUCAAAUUAUACUCCAACCGCAACCUGGGAGCCCUCUUGUUAUACCCAUGAAGGCAAAUUCAAGCAUAACAGAAUCCAAUAGUUUAUCUGAUACAUAUAAUGCAGUUACUUCACCAGAUCUUUCUAGUAUGAACAUGGCAGAUUCAGGUCAUAUUGACUUUGUUAAUAAGGCAUAUGUUCAAGAAUAUAAUACUUUUGUCUCACCUAUAGUUCCGAAAAUUGAUCCUGCUGAUGCUGCUAUUGAUAGUCUUGUUAAUGGAAAAAAUUUGCCUCAAAAAGGGAAACUUUUACAAGCUGUGACUGAGGCAGGUCCUCUUCUGCAGAACUUAAUUGUUGCAGGCCCACUUCCGCGGUGGCGAAAUCCUCCUCCAUUGCAGACUUUUAGGAUUCCUCCAGUUUCUAUCAAAGGAUGUGAGAAAGCUGUUGCAAACGCAAAUUCUGCUGCACAAAAACCAUUGAAUUCAAUUUCUUAUCCUGAUAUGUGUCGCGGGUCGUCUCAAAUGUGUUCUGCUUCUGUGUUAAAUUUUGCUACUGGUGGAGCAUCUUCAUCUGGUUUAGACAGUGGUUAUGGUUGGCCCUUAAAUUCUGCCAAAAGACAAAGAUUUCAUUGAGAAUUUGAGACUAUGUUCCUUAUAUAUAUAUAAAUAUUUUUUGUAAAAAAUUUAAUCUCACUGCUGGAUGGUGUAAAAUAGAUCUCUGUUUUGGGAUGAAAAUGUUACAUUUCUUGCUUCUUCUUGAUUAAUCAGAUUUAGUUUUCUUUUUUCAA